AUGUCCCCCCUCCCCAUCACAAUCCGCAACGUCCAACCCACAAACACCGACAUCAACGCCAUCACAGCCAUCUACAACCAUGCCGUGCUCACCUCCACAGCCACCUACGAGCUCGACCCCAUCAGCCCAGCCACCAUGCGCGCCCGCAUAGCCGCUGUCACACAGGCAGGGUAUCCUUUUAUCGUUGCUGUAGCCGUUGCCGAGGCGGACGCCGAGGCUGUCCCGGACAGGGACACAGACAUGGAGACAGACCCAGACCCAGACCCAGACCCAGUUACGGAUCAACCGGACCUCACCAAACCCAACCCCAACCCCCUACCAGCCCAGAAGAACACGAGUGAACAAACGUCAGAGAUAAUACUAGGCUACGCCUCAGCCUCCCCCUUCCGCGCACGUCCAGGCUACCGCUUCACAGCCGAACACUCUAUCUAUGUGACUCCGGAGCACCACGCACGUGGCCGUGGAAUAGGACGUGCGUUGAUGGGUGUGUUGCUUGAGAGGUGUGAGAGGCUGGGGGUGAGGCAGGUUUUGGGUGUUGUUGGGGAUGGGGGAAUUCAUCACGGGGGUUAUCAUCAGGGUCAGGAUCAGGGUCAGCAGCAAAAGCAGCAGCAGCAGAAGCAGCAGGAGCAGGGGCAGGUUGGGAAGGUAUAUCAUCAGGAUGGGGAUAGCGAGGAGAGAGAUGAGAAAGAGACAGUUGAAAGGGAAGCAAACGGAUCGAUAAUAUUCCACGAAAAGAUGGGGUUUCGGCGCGUUGCGCUGCUAGAGGGGACGGGGUUCAAGUUUGGGCGAUGGUUGGAUACAGUGUUGAUGCAGAGGGCUGUGGGAGGGGGAGUUCAAGGGGGCCCGGAUUUGGGGUCUGUAGUUGGGCAAAGGAUGGGUGAUUAA